UACGUGACUGUCUGUAGCAGCUUCGCAGUCCACAGGUGUCGGCCCGGUCCCGACUCUCCAACUACUCAGCAAUGGCGUUUUCUAUUCUCCAUACCGUCCCUUCCACAUCGCUUCAGUAUUCUUCCUUACAGAGGUCGAGGAGCCCUGGUUCCUCACAUCGCAAGCACAAUGCCGCGCACGUGAGCAGCGACGUGCAUAAGAGAGGUUUCCAUUCACUCAUCUCUCAUCUCCAUCCUUCCUCCUCUUGCCACACCCAGCGCGAUUGGCGCUUAGACUCCUAGUGAAGCACUCGGCACCGUGCCCCGAGCAGUCGAUCUCAUCCUUCGCGAGUAGUCGAAAGCGAGCCUCUCGGCUGUUCGCUGUUUGGCGGCAAAGCGGCAACGACGUCUGCUCUUGCGUGUGGAGCGUGGAAAUUUUGAUUCGGGCUCUGCUUGACCCCCUUGACCCCACGGAUCUAGCUCCCCCCUGCUGCCUUCUCGUCGCUCCACGAAUCGCCACUACGAUACACGCUUCUCACGGGCACGGCCGAUUCCAGUUCAUUGGCUGGCACCAAAUUCGCCGAUUCCGUCAAUCGAACCCAGCAAUGGCUCCUCCUCGCCUACUCACGUUGCUCCCUGCGCCGUUCGCGAUGUGCUUGGUGCUGCUAGCGGCGCCAGCAGAGAGCAAGAAGGCGCCGGUGAAGCGGGCAGUGCCGAAAGGAGUGCCGCAGUGGGAGCUCCUGGCUGCGCUUAAGGACUUGGGGAAAAAGAACGCCUUCUUUUCCGUUUUCGCGGAGCGAUUCUACACUGCUGCGAGAUUCAAGCUGAUUACACUCGAAGGCCCUGCGACCAUCCUCAUUCCGUCCAACGUGGGCAAUCAAUUAAUGAAGAAGAAAUGGGACCUCUACACUCCGCAGCAGCGCCUACGGAUAUUGAGGAAUCUGAUUAUCAGGGGGAAGUUCAGCAAGAACCGUCUCCUGUCAACUGUUCCGUUAUGGCAGUUCCGCUCUAUGAAUAUGGGGUUGAAGCUGGUUAAAAUGAACAAGCGUGCCCAGCGAGAGUGUUACUUCAAGGCAGAAGGUGGCAAGUCGUUUGGACCUCUGAACCUGCCGAAUAUGCCACCAAGAAUAUCCAGAUUCAUGGGGUUUCCAUGGUUCCGAUUCCACCUAAUGCAUGAUAUGAUGGUUAUGAGGCUGGCGUUUAUGUGCUGUGUAUUCUAAUGGAAUAGACUAGAACAGGGUCCUAAAUAGCAGACUUUUUUUGGCUGAUUGUCUGAUUUUCAAACUGGUUUUUAAGGGGUUUCUCUGUAUUUUCAGACAACGGUUUGAAAAACUCUCGUUGUAACGAAAAACGA